UGUCCUAGAACUGAUCAAGUCAAACAAGUCACAGUCCUCUCAAUUUCUCCCUUGUCCUCCGCACACGGCGCAAUUUAGAACAAAGCUGAACCAGAUCUCACCUCUCAAGUCCCUAUCCAAUGAACCCCAACCCCAUCAAAUCCCAGGCAACACUUCCUCCUUUAUACCCUAACCUAAACACCCCCUUCUCCAUUUUCUCUUCAUCCCUAACAUUAGAUAUGGCACACCAGACCACCCACAGGCGUAACUUAGCAUCUUCAGACCACCCCAAGACAUCCAUGGAACCCACCCACAAAAAGCACCUCAAAUCCACCCCCUUGGCCACCACCACCUCCAACUCCACCACCAAGACCCACCAACCAGAUCCCACUGUUCCCUCUUCCACCAUCCAAAACAUAUCCAAUCACUUUGCCAAGUUGUAUGCAAAUCACAAAGCCCUUUCUUCCUUAAAAGACUCUGAUGGGUGCUCACAACUUGGUAUUGACACCCACUUCCAAGCAAAAUCCGUGGAUAUUUCCUCUAUCUCAGAUAGCUCAAGCACAUCAUUGACCAAGUCAAACCACCAACAUAGAGUAAAUAGGUCAGAUUUGAAGAAAGAGAUCACAAAAACCAAGGUUAAAGAGAAGGAAAAGAAGUCAAUUGGGGACUCAGACUCUCAUAAGGAGCAUGACAUCAAGAAAGCAUAUGUGAGCAGCAAAACGGAUGAAGUCAAGAAAGUGUACAAAAAAGAUGCCAGAAAAAAUCAAUCUGAUAAAGGGCAAGAUGUGAAGAGAACAUCUUUGUUGAUGUCAAGGAGUCAAGAUGAUAGACUAAAGGGAUAUCAUGAACGAUUUGAAGUGAAGGGACCAUCUUUCUCACUGGCAAUGAAUGGUGGCAGGAGGAAGUCAUUUUGCUGCUCACAAACUGAGUUGGCUGAUUUUUUCUCUUGCACUGGUGUGAAAGUUGUGGCUGUUGACAUGCCACCAUUCAUGCAGAUUCAUGCUGUGGAUUGUGCAAGAAAGACUCAUGAUAGCUUGAAAAAGUUCACUUCCAAGACCCUUGCUUUAACUCUUAAAAAGGAGUUUGAUGGGGUUUAUGGACCAGCCUGGCACUGUAUUGUAGGGACAAGUUUUGGGUCCUUUGUGACACAUUCAAUUGGUGGGUUCCUGUAUUUCUCAAUGGAUCAGAAGCAAUAUGUCCUUUUGUUCAAGACUACUGUACAUAGAGCAAACUGAAGUUGAAAAUCAGAGGUGAAAUUCUUUUAGUAUACAGAAAAUUUAGGAAACCUAUAGUUCUCCCUUGCAACUUGUACACUGUUUUUACUUAGAACGGCAUGGUUGAAGGUCCCUCUCACCAUUUUUCUGUUCAAUAUAUUGUCAGAAGACCUGUUAAGUGAGCUCACUUUUCAACAGGAACAUGUAAUUCUUGUGGUCUUAAAGAUAUAUAUAAAAAUCCAGUUAGUUAGCCCACAUGCAAAAAGACAAUGCUAUUGUGACCUAAUUUAGAUAUCUAAUUUGAGGAUUGAAUGCAUCCUUAUGGUUGGAUUUGCGGUAGAUUCUAAAUGAAGUUCACACAUCCUAAUCAUUGGAUUUGACGUGGAUUCUAAAUGAAGUUCACUGGUAAUUUAG